AUGGCACCCAAGAACCGCAUCAUUAUUGAUACUGACCCAGGUGUCGAUGAUGUCCUGGCCUUGCUGCUGGCCCUCAGCGCCUCACCUGAGGAGCUCGAGGUGCUCAUGAUCUCGGUCACAUAUGGCAAUGUCCCACGACAAAAGUGUCUUCGCAACGUCGUUGCCCUCUUCCACGUCCUGGAGAAGGAGAUGGCCUGGCGUGAGGCCAAUGGCAAACCUGUUUAUGGCGCCCUGAAUGCUUACAAGCCUAUUGUGGCUGUUGGUGCUGAGCAUGCUCUUGAGGAUGAGGAGCUGGUGGCUGACUACUUCCACGGCUCUGAUGGCCUUCAUGGCGUUCAUGAUAAGCACCCCCAUCUGAGCCCCGCCGAGACCUGGCGCACUCUCUUUGAAGAUAAUGGAUCUGUUCCUAUCUCUGAACCUCCCACCUUCUCCCGCUACUUCACCCCAAGCAAGACCCCUUCCUACAAGGAGAUGCUCCGUAUCCUGCGUGAAGAGCCUGAGGACAGCGUAACCAUCGUCUGCGUUGGCCCUUUGACCAAUGUGGCCCUCGCCGCCGCCGAGGAUCCUGAGACAUUCCUUCGCGUCAAGGAGCUUGUUGUGAUGGGCGGCGCGGUGCAUGUCGAGGGCAACGUUACUCCCUACGGCGAGUUCAACUGCACAGCGGAUGCAAUCGCUGCAGCCCGUGUCUACGCCCUCACUUCGCCCACCCCCUCAUCGACCAUGCCACCCGCCUUCAGCGAGAAAUCGCUUCCUCCAUACCCCGAGAAACUCUCCCGCCGUCUGAAACUAACCCUCUUCCCUCUGGACAUCACGACACCUCAUGAACUCUUCCGCGAGCAGUUCAACGCCAAGGUUAUGCCACUUAUCGAGGCCGGCAGCCCACUGGCACAAUGGACCGAGACCUUCCUGACCGGCACGUUCAACAAAAUCGACCAGAUGCUCGGCGAGGGCCACAACGAGGGGCUUUCGCUUCACGACCCGCUUUGCGUCUGGUACAUGUUGACGCAUGAUGAUCCAAAGUGGAAGACAGUCCCUAAGCCGGAGGACAUCCGCGUCGAGACGUGUGGCCAAUGGACGCGAGGCAUGCACGUCAUCGAUCGCCGUAACCGGGCUAGGCCAGAUGAGAGCACCAUCGAGACGCAUCCACAGGAUCCGAUAGAGGCCGUGACAGUGAAGCUGGAUGAGGUGCCUGGUGAUAAGAUGGGUUGGUUGAGCCCGCGCAAGGGGAACCGCAUCAACAGGAUGGUGCAGUCGCCUGGGGAGAAGAUAUUUGCGGAUGUGUUGCUGAACAAGAUUUUUGCGUGA